CUGUGUUUAUGCGAUCGGCCACCGUCGGAAUUUUUCUUCGCUGUCUUGUAAACCAGUCGAACCGAUUUCCACAAUCAUUUGAGUUUUGAACACGAUUCAACGUCGACGUACAUUCAGACACAGCCUACAGUGUGGUCAGUGUUCUGCUCGCUACGCCAAUUGAACGUGUUGUCAACAGUCUUUAUCGCAGUUUCAACAUUUCAAAGGUCCAUACAAAAAUGAAUAAUCCACCCACUACAUCCAACCAAGUCUAUCCAGAACACGAACACCAUGUUCUACAUGGUACCCAUUACCGUUGUAUCCAUCAGAUUCCAUCAUUCAUGGCAAAUAUGCCACCAUCAGAGGAUUCUCCAGAAAUAGAAAAUCCUAAUAGACUAGUAACGGAGUGUGCACUAUUGACUAAAUGGAAAAAGUUUAUGCUGCUGUCACUACUCGAUGACUGGAACAUGAAAUUCUUAUACAAAACUUUGGCCGAAGCACUGGUCGAUAUCCACACAUUGCAAUUCAUCACGCCGGAGCAGUGCGAAUCAGUGUUGACUGGUUAUCCUCCGGGCAUAAGAAUCAAAUUCAUCGCCGAAGUGACACAAUUACAACAAGAAUUUAAAAAUUCGCAAUUCUUUGCGCCUACGUUUGCCAACACGUACUUGUAAUUUUUCGUAUCGUAAUUCUCAAACAAUCAAAAAAAUAUUAUAAUAGUAAUAAUUAUAUUUUUAUUAAGUUGAAUAGAAUAAUUUCCCAUGAUAUUACCUAUAAUAUACCUAUAUGGAUAUAAUUAUU